UAAAGAGUGGGGUCUAUAUUUAAACAGGAAUGUACACAGAGCCAGAGACAUCAUGGAAAGAGACCAUAACAACAAACACAGAUAUGUCUGGGUGAAUGUUGCUGAUAGCAAAGCAGAGUGAAGGACAGCUACCUCAGAUGCAUCAGAAGACUGAGACAAGAAUGGACCGAUCAAAGCCACACCCGGAGGUGUUCCACUACAGCAACAAGGAGCAGUCGUCCCACCUCCUGCUGCAGCUGAACCGCCUCAGACAGGAGAGGAUCCUUACUGACGUGCUACUCUGUUCAGAUAACACAGAGAUCCCCUGCCACCGCAACGUUCUGGCCUCCAGCAGUCCUUACUUCACAGCCAUGUUCUGUCACGACUUCAGAGAAAGCCACCAGGAGAAGGUGGAUCUGAAGGGGAUCACCUCCAGCAUCCUGAGUGACAUUGUGGACUACGUCUACACAGGGGUCAUCACCAUCACCAUGGAGAUAGUGCUGCCCCUGAUGCAGGCUGUCUCCAUGCUGCAGUACACCGGGCUGUUCGAGGCCUGCUCCUCUUUCCUGCAGGAGCAGCUGAGCCCAGACAACUGCCUCAGCAUGAUCCGGCUGUCAGAGAUAUUACACUGCGGCAGCCUGAAGGAGAAGGCCAGGGAGAUGGCAGUACAGAGCUUCUCUGACGUCUCUACCUCUGAGGACUUGUGUGAGCUCUCCUUACCUGAGCUGAUGAGUUACCUGGAGGAUGACCGGCUGUGUGCCGAGGAGGAGCAGGUGUUCGAGACGUUGCUGGCGUGGAUCCACCACGACCCAUUCUCCCGGCGCGGCGCCAUCUCCGACCUCUUCAAGAAGGUGCGUCUACGCUACAUCCACCCCACCUACCUGUUCCAGUUCAUUGCCAGCGACCCCCUCAUCCAGUCCUCCACCCUCUGCACCGAGGUCAUCGAGUCCGUCCGACGCCUCAUGUUCUCCAUCACUACUAAGUGUGGGUCGGACCUCAAGCCCCUGUGGGUGACCCCACGGCGCUACACCUGCCGGGAGACCCUGGUUCUAGUCGGCGGCCGCAAGAACAACGAGCAGACGUCCCGUGAAGCGCUCCUGUUCGACGAGAGGACUCAGCGCUGGCAGUGGCUGGCCAAGCUGCCCCUGCGGCUCUACAAGGCCUCCUACGUCUGUAUCCACAGCAUCCUGUAUGUUCUGGGAGGCCUCACCAUGAACACCAAACACAGAGUGGUUAGCACCACUGUCUAUAUGUUAUCUCUGAAGACCAACCAGUGGAGGACGGCUGAGCCCAUGAUCCAGCCUCGCUUCGCCCACCAGUCUGUCUCCUACCUGCACUUUAUCUUCGUCCUGGGGGGCCUGGGGCCAGAGAAGCAGGUGUGUGACACGGUGGAGAGAUACAAUAGUAUGUUCAACCAAUGGGAGGCUAUGGUUCCCAUGCCGACUGCUGUGCUACACCCGGCGGUCGCCGCUAACGAUCAAAGAAUCUACCUGUUCGGGGGAGAGGACGCGAUGCAGAACCCUGUCAGGAUGAUACAGGUGUAUCACAUUGGCAGGAAUAUGUGGUCCAUGAUGGAGACCAGGACAGUGAAGAACGUUUCUGCACCAGCAGCUGUCAUUGAUGACAAGAUCUACAUUAUCGGAGGCUACACCAGAAGAAUGAUAGCGUACGACACCAAAGCCAACCGGUUUCUGAAGUGUGAGAAUAUGAAGGCGAGGAGAAUGCACCAUGCUGCCACGGUGUUCAACAACAAACUGUACGUGACCGGAGGACGCUUCAUCAACGGACAUGAUGUCAUAGAGGACUCUGACAGCUUUGAGUGCUAUGACCCAAAGACUGACACAUGGACAACCAAGGGGACACUGCCAUACAAGCUGUUUGACCACGGUUCUCUAUCCCUGGUGUGUGUCUCCAACAAACCCAACCUUCCCUGAGUGUGUUUCACUCUCUAUUGCAUCUCUGAUGUCCUUCCCUGUCCCACAAACACUCACCAAAACAUCCCUCAAUGGGUGACAGUAUUUCCAGCAGCGAAUCUUAAAUCAAAUGAGAUUUUAGAGACGCUACUUGUCAUAUGGAAGCGAAGCCCUGGGCAGUUAAUUGUUGUGUCGAACUGAAGGCUAUAGGUGUAUACAGUACUGUAGGCUAUAUGAAGGCUACAGUACAUGAUGCCCAACUGUUUAGUUACCAGUCCAAACACGUUGCCAACAGACUGGAUGAUAUUACAACCCACUAGGUAAAAACUGGUUGUAACAGUGUUGUUUCCACGUCAUUUCAACCCAAAAAUUCAAAUUCAACUCUUUUGCCCUCAGAACAACCUCAAUUUGUC